CCAUAGAUCGCUCAGUCGAAUAUACGCGCGCGCGCAACUCGUACUGUAAUCGUCCCGAUAAACGUGGUUGGUGGAUCAGUGAUUUUUUUUAACGAAACUUUACGACUUUGGAAGUGAUUUCUUUGUGAUUGUUUUUUUAAACGAGCCUGAAAGAUGGUUGUAGGCACCCUACAACAAGUCCCCAGUAAGGGGCGCAUAUCUAUUAUGAAAAUACAAAACUUCACAGUACAAAAACGACAUUCCGUCAUCAGAUUAUCGUAUGGGAUCCUGCUAGCGAUAAUAGGAAUCAUAAUGGCCGCCAUUAAUCCAUUGAACAUCGUCACUACGUGGUACAUGGACAUUCGGGAAGGGUCAUUCCUCUACAAUAUGUGGGCGAACCCAACUUAUGAGAUGUUCUCCGAGAUGUGGGUGUUCAACUACACCAAUGCGCAGGAGUUCCUCAGUGGAGCUGAUAAGGUGCUCAAACUUAAUGAAGUUGGACCAUUUACCUUCCAAGAAAUGCGAACGAACGAAAACAUACGGAUAGACAGGGAGAAAGGCGUGAUGACUAUGAACCCCAGGCUGAACCUGAAGUUCCUGGUGGAUAAGUCUGUCGCUGACACUCAUAAUGUCACCGUGAAGAUACCAAACAUCGCUCUCAUUGCUAUGAGCACAUUGGCAGCAGACAAGCUGGGUUACUUCGCGAAUGCUGGAGCCUACUACUCCAUGUCAGCUCUUGGCUCCAAGCUCUUCAAAGACCUGUCUGUAGAAGAAAUGUUCUGGGGCUACCAUGACCCUCUGGUUACCAUUGCUAAUUCCUUAUUACCUGGAUGGAUUGACUUCGCAAAGCUUGGUCUUCUGGAUCGGUUCUAUUCGCAAAAAAACGAGACUUCUGAAGUGGAACUGGCUAAUGUGACCAGAAGGUACUCUUUGAACUCUUGGGAUAAUACUAGCGGUCUCCUGGAGCAAGGGUUCACAGACUUGGAAACCAGCACACCAUGCAACAGAAUCAAAGGGUCAUUUGAAGGUCUGAUGCUGCCAGCCCACUAUCCUAAGGGGAAAAAUAUCACCAUAUUCAGGAAGCAAGCCUGCAGGAACUACCCGUUCUCCUUCAUCACUGAAAGCAAGAGUGAGAGUACUGGCCUGAACUCUUAUUUAUACACAAUGGACCCCACAGCUUUUAGCAGCACCUCUCCCUUUGCCUGUAACUGUAGCGACGGCUGUCCUCCUGAAGGAUUUGUGGACGUCAGCAAUUGUUACUAUGGUUUCCCAAUAUCUCUAUCGAAACCUCAUAUGAUGGACACGGAUCCUGUGCAGCAGUCGUACUUUUCAGGGAUGAAACCAGACCCUAAGAAACAUGGAUCACAUUUUGAAUUGGAGCCUACUAUCGGAGCACCCCUAAGCUUCUCCAUCAAGAUCCAGAUCAACCUGGCUGUGAGAAUGAACGAGGGCAACCCAAUCACAGCUCCGUUUAAAGACAAGGUGCUUCCCAUCAUGUGGUUCGCUCUGUACUGCAACCAACCACCAUCAGAAGUAACAAGCCUACUUCGUCUGCGUCUCCUCUACGCGCCACCCUUAAUCGUCACGUUAGAAGUCAUCCUCAUCAUCGUAGGUCUAGUUCUAGCAGCCCAAGGACUUCACAGGAUCUGGAAGCCCAAGUACAAAAUAAUUCCACCAAAAGAAAUGCCCGUUCCUAUAGUCAGGAGGAAGAGUUCUGAGAGGAGAAGAAGUAGUGUUAUUCUGAACAUGGCAGAAAAUGUCGGUUUUAGUUUUAAGGAUGAUGAGGACUUGGCUAAGGAAGCUGUGUCCCUCCUAGCUAUCAAUGAAGAAGAUAGUGAAUUCGUGGAUUUACUGGUCAGUUCCGAUAAUGAGUGAGAUUGUUAAAAUUUGCUCAAUUUUUCGUUUAAGGUGGAAAUGAUUUUGUGGUCGUUUACAAGCGCUUCUUGCCUUUAUAGUAAAGGUAGGUGAUAAUUAUAAAUGUGAGUUCCGAAAUAGUUUAGGUUGUAAGUGUUAUUUAAGUUAGGUGCGUAAAUAACUUAUGUUGGAGUUUAAGUAGUCGGUUCACUGCUGGAACCAUUUUUUCUGUCUGUCCUGUCACAUUCCAAAAUGACUUACCUUUUCAUGGGAGAUCAGGUUGUGAAGUCUUGAGAAGAUAAAUCUAGUACAUACAAGUUUGAAAGAUAUUUCUAUCAACUUGGUCAGGUAAUACCAACGUGAUUGGUUGACCUAUGUGCUAUGUUUAAUAGACCUGGCAGAGUAGCUUUAUUCAUACCUACUUAUUUUAUUAAGAAGUAGAAAAAAAGCUUUGGCUUGCCUGAAGGAAAGCAAUUCCGUAAAGACUUUUGCAAUACUAGUAGUGUUUCCUACCGUUUUUAAUUUAACUCUAGAUUCCUGAAUCACAGAUUUAAACGAAACAUAGCGACAGUCAGAAUGGAAUCGGAUACUAAAUUUUAUGCUGCAAAUAAACACAUACAGAGUAACAAUCAGUUGCUAAGUUACGUGAUUAGCUAAUUAGUGAUAACGAAAUUGCUCAAUAUUAAUUAUAAGUAGGAGUAAAAAGGUUUGAGGUUAUCUUAUUCGAUACGACUGUUAGCUGUAUCUUAAUCUACGUGUCUGUCUGUCUGUCUGUCUGUCUGAGGAGUAGACGUUUCUUACGUCUAUUUGUUUUCUUUGUAUAGACUAGGUAGCUUAUCUCAGUUAAUUGACAUUCCUGAUAUAAAAUAUUAGAUCAUGUUAUAAGUACACACAGCUUCGCAUCAAGUUUACGUUAAACCAAUAUAAACUGAC